GCGCAGUCCCCGAGUAUCUGUCAACCUUAUGUUCUACUUGAACCCAAAUUGAACUGUUUUCGUGACUGCGCCUACCUGAUGAGCCCCAAGAAGGACGAAACCGGUCGUGGGCUGUCGAAGAGAUUUCAGCAACCUUCAAGGUCCCUGUUGCGGCUUGAUUGGACGAUAGUGCAACUUUGUAUCGGUCCCUUGGCUUCCUGCUCCGCCCACUAUGGUAUAUCAAAAGGCACGGUAGCUCUACACAGCCCCUUUUGGAGACAAAGGAAAACUAUUACAACUGUAGUCACAGUGUUCCACAAGGUCGUGCCAGAAUCUUCUGUACGAAUGUGCGCUGCUGACCCACUUUCCCAUGUGCGCUCACGUCCCGUUUGCGGAGCCUCCCUUGACCUGUUUUCUCAUGGGUUCCAUGUGAUCGCACGUACAAUGAGAAUCACGAGACCGUCGUCGAAAGGGACGACCGCAACCCACGCUACUGAGCUAUCAUUCUGUUCGCCGCUGUUUGGUGUGCGGACGUUGACACUGCACAGUGUCGAGUCAACUGAAUCUCUCGUUUAUGAUGUCCUCCAACUGAAUGUGCUGCACACAGGCCGCCUCAUGAUUCAGUUGGCACGAUAUUCGAGAUAUCGCAGGAUAUUUUCAUCAAGGAAACUACUGACAAGGUUGAUGAAAACUCUUCCACAGCCCACGACCGGUUUCGCCCUUCGUGGAGCUCAUCAGAGCAUGGUCACAAACAUAAAACGUGAAUGCAAGCGAUGA